AUGGCAGCACUUAAUCAAGCGCUCGUGCUGGCCCUUGAAAGCAACCCGAAGGAGUCCUAUGUGGUGGCCGCUGAAACCUUGCUGCGCCUGCUGGACAACAUCAUACGCGAGCCGCAAAACGCCAAGUAUCGCACAGUGCGGCUAGAUAAUCCUGCAAUUAGGGACAAGCUGCUGUCGGUGGAGGGUAUGAAGCAGCUGAUGUUGGCAAUCGGUUUUAUCGAAUCCAACGGAACGCUCACCGUACCAUCGAACGUACUGCUGGCAAACGUGCGAAGGUAUCGGGAAUUUAUUAACGAACGAAAGGAGCUGAUCAAAAAUCCCCCUAAACCGAAGGUUUCGGUCGCUAGUAUCAUCAAUAGUACACCUCUCGCGCAAUCGACGGUGAGUACUAACCCAAGUACGAUGUUGCUACCAACGGGAAGCACCGCAGCAGAAAAGCGAAAAGAAACGGACGCAACCGUCACGAUUAAAGUCAGCCGGCCGUUUCUGGCUCGGAUCGAGUUCCCACGGGUUAUACAAGGCAAUAACGCACUUCUGCACCAACUGGAGCUACUCUCCGAUCAAGUGAUGCAAUAUGAGGAUGAGCUGCUGUUGGCCAGCGGAAAAAGCAUGGUACCGAUCGAUACACUGACGUCGAAAGCGAAAAGCAAAUUGGCCCAAUGGAGACAGCUGCUCAGCGGAACAAAUACUACCACCGGUGAGCAGCAGGAACCGAGCGAAGAGGACAUACUGCUGGAAGAGCUAACGGCGUGGUUUCGGGCAGAUUUUUUCGUCUGGGUCAACGCGCUACCCUGCACAGUUUGUGGAAAUGAGAAAACGCAGCUCGUUCAGAGCACCGUCGAGGACGGUGUGCGCGUGGAGGUGUACCGGUGUUGCGGUCAGUUGCGCCACUUCUACCGAUACAACGACGUGGAGAAGCUUCUGCAGACUCGGAGAGGCCGCUGUGGUGAAUGGGCCAACUGCUUCACAUUCCUGUGCCGUUGCCUGGGCUAUGAUGCACGGUACGUGUUCUCCACCGGUGACCACGUGUGGACGGAAGUGUGGUCCGAGCGACGGCAACGCUGGAUCCACGUGGAUCCCUGUGAGAACGUGUUGGACGCUCCGCUAAUGUACGAGCAUGGGUGGAGAAAGGAGAUCACGCACGUGUUCGCUUUCUCACGCGACGACGUACAGGACGUCAGUUGGCGAUACUCCAACGACCACCAGAAACUGCUCCAGCGGCGACAGCAACGCGGAUCUUGCACCGAGCGCGCUCUGUACGAUGCUAUCGGGAAGUUGCGAACCAAGCGGCGAAACUUUUCUAAAUGCACUGCAGAAAGGCAAGCUUUCCUGCGUAAGCGCACCGUCGACGAAUGUCUGGAGCUUUUGAGUAACUCGCGCAGAGUUCCGACGGCCGCGGAACGCGAGGGUCGCAGCUCUGGUAGUCUCGAGUGGCGGUUGCAACGUGGCGAACAGCAGAUCAACACUCGGUACAUGUUCAUUCCAACGGAUGAGGAGGUGCAUGCGAAGCAGUUCAACAUUCGAUAUUGCUGUGCUACGGAUUGCUACGAGCGGUUUUUGAAGGGUGCGAGCAAUCGGGUGAAUGAACGCAUUACGGAAAAGUCUAAUGGCUGGGAAAGCCGUCAAUACCUAAGUAGAAAUAUAUUCCGUAAGGAAGAGCACGACUGGAAGAUGGUGUACCUAGCGCGAACGGAGGGAACUGAUGAGGCAACGAUUGAAUGGAACUUUGAUUUUUCCGUGCAGGGAUUGCGCGUGAAGCAGAUUGAGCUGCGGUUCGGUCAGGAAACGUACGAUGGAGCAAAAGUGGACCUGUACUACAUCAAAAGUGACGGUUCCCAGUCGCAGGCCUUAUCUUCCCUUUGCGAAUGCGGUAAGUUCACGUUGCAGGCUCGCUUGUCUGGGGGUAAGUCGUGGCAACACGCACAACUAUUCCGGCAGUCGAAAUCCGCCACCGACGAGUAUCCGUUCGAGAUGAACAUUGUGUUGAUGUAGAAACGCCUCCGUAUCGACGACGUUCCAUUUAGUCGGGAUAACAAAAAGGGCCGGUAGUCCUGCUCCGACGAGCGAAACGAUAAUAACCAAUGCAAUACGCGUUUUUUUACACGUUAAGAACACAAGCACCAAUAUGAUCGUGAUUCGCGCGAUCGGUUAAACUAGUCUCACUUUAUAUAUAUAUAUAUAUAUAUAUCGAACGCAGUCGCCGUUGAAAGCGACUCAGUAAUAAAUAAUUUACUCAUGCAGUAAGU